AUGCCACUUGCAUUGAUAGUACGCGAAAAUAAAAAGCUUGUUAUUGAAAAUCUACCUUUACCCAAGUAUGAACUUACCGAUCUACUGAUUAAAGUUACUCAUGUAGCUCAAAAUCCAACGGAUUGGAAACAUGUUCAUUUCGGUUUGGCAAAAGAAGGAGCUAUCGUUGGUUGUGACUUCGCUGGAAUAGUUGUGGGCGUUGGCAAAAAAGCAGUCGGUAAUUACAGAAAAGGAGAACGUGUGGCUGGUUGUGUUCAUGGUGGUCUCGACCCGGAAAUGAACGUUCGUGGAGCUUUCUCUGAAUAUGUUGUACAAGAAGCUUCACUAGUUUUCCGCUAUCCGCCAACAUUUUCUCCUGAACAAAUUGUCACACUUCCCCUUGUUGCUACAACAGCCGCUCUUGGUCUGUUUCACGAAAUGGGCUUACCACUUCCUCCCGCUACGGUCAAAAUCAAUUUUCUUGUUUGGGCAGGAAGUACAAGUGUCGGACAAUGUGCUAUUCAAUUAGCGAAAGCAAUUGGUUGUUUUGUUAUCACUACAGCAUCACCUGCUCGUCAUGAAUAUCUGAAAGGACUCGGUGCCGAUAUUUGUUUUGAUUAUGAUGAUCCGAAUAUUGUUUCGUUGAUUAAGAAAGCUACCAAUGAAAACUUGGCGUAUGGUUUUGAUUGUAUUUCAGAAAAAGAUUCAACUAAAUUAUUAUGUGCAACACUGACAGCAACGCAUUCGAAAUUAGUCACUGUUUUACCAUUCAUAAAACGAGAUUUACCACCACACAUAACAGAAUACCGCGUACUAAUUUAUACGAUCUUUGGAAUUGAGAAACUUCUCUUUGGACAAUAUUUUCCAGCCAAGCGUGAAGAUAGAGCAUUCGCUGAGAAGUUUUACAAAUUAAUGACAGAUUAUUUACUACCAAAUGGUUUAUUGAAGCCGAAUAGAGUAACGAGGAUGCCAGGUGGACUAAAUGGAAUCGAAAGCGGUUUUAAACGAAUGAUGGAAAAUCGAGUACAAGCAGAAAAACUUGUUUACUCCCUCACAGAAACUACCGAUUGGGUUUCAAUUAAAUAUCGAUGGAACUGUUGUCUGAAAUUUUUUCAUAGAUAA